AUGCGGUGGUCUUUACUAAGUUGUUUACUGCUAUCGGUAACAAUAGCGGUCGCGUCAGCUGAAUGGUCGUGGGGAGACGACAAAAACAACAAUGAACGAAACGAACGUAAAGAGAAAACAUCUGAAUUAUUAGAAGGAGAACAAUUAACUGUGGCUCAAGAGAAAAAUCUCGAAAGUAAUGAAACAGUACUAGACGGUAUCGUUGACGAGCUUAUUAAUGGAAAACAGGGGAGAAGCUUAGGCGGUUUUGACGAAGUAUAUGGCGAUCCAACAAUCAAAGAAGCUUUGGACGCAGGAGAUGACACGGAAGCGAGAAAUCUUAUAAAGGAUCGCCUGUGUACAUUAGGGCUUAUACAAUGUGAAGAAGGGGAGACUCAAGAAAAACGCACCUAUGUUUCUCCUGAUGAAUUGAUUUAUGCUCAACCAGUUGACAUUAAGCCUAUCGGCAGGCCAGUUGCUUCAAUUCCAAUCCGUGGACCACCAAGAGCAUAUGGACCACCUAAACCAAUGCCAUAUCCACAUCGCCCACAGAAAAUCCCACCAAAAAGAGUAGGAUAUGGAGGCAACCCUCGACCAGGAUUUUCGGAUAAAUAUGGCCUUUCUGGAAGUAAUUACCAAUUUUCACAAAGCAGUGGCGUUUAUAACGGACAUGAGAGUAAUUUUGUGACUAAGCCACCACCUUUUUCGAAUGACGGCCCUUACUCUUAUGAACACUCGAAACCAAUCUACAAUAAAGGUACACCUAAUCUUCAAACGGGGGUCAAAGCGGAUUCAGUUGUACAACAACACGUCCAUCAUCAUUACGUACAUAGUGACGCCGAAAAGGAUCCCAAAGUUAUCAUCAAACCCGUAGCAAUACCUGUAGGUUCCGUGGGGCAUCUAGCAUCGCAAAACCUUGCUCACGAAUCGUCAGAUAUUAUAACAGCUUCAGGUGGUGAUUACAGCUCCCUCACUUCGGGAGGCUUUAAGCCCAUGACUUCUGGAUACCCGUUAAACAAUAAACCCGUUUACGAAGCAGAUACUAUUUACGGCUCUCAAUUUGCGCACACGAAUGUGAACAAAGGUAGUGGGAAUCUAAUAUCACAAUCUUUACCAAAUCCUUACCAAAAUAAUGCUUUUGAUGAUCAAAGGUUCGGUAACGCACUUGGAAGUUACGCGUCGCAAAAUAUGGAAUUUUAUAAGAAAGAACUUCAUGUCGGCUCUUCAAACAAUUUGUACAAUCAAGGUCCUGCAACAUUUGGCCAAAAUAACGCAUAUCAACAAAGUUAUCAUGAAGGAAAAGCCCAGGGAUUCGAUUGUGUAUGUGUGAACUACGAUCAGUGUCCAAGUCAGGAAAUAAUUGGCCGCAGAGAUGAUUUGUACUUGCCAAUUGAUCCUCGUAACAAGGGUACUGAAAUUUUGGCAUUAACAGAGGAACAACUUGACAAUUUAAACAAAACAGUUUCUUCAGACUCAGUAGAUGAAACCAAACAAAAUACUACAGAAGCCAAAACCAUUAGCAAACGUGAGGUUGAACCAGAGAAACAAGAUGAAGCUACUAAAGAAGCUGAACCGCGCCAGGGAUACUUCGGCCGUCCUACUGCUCAACGAUGCCAACAAAAUCAAGUAUGCUGUCGUCGACCUUUGAGGCCUCAAGCAUCUAACCGUGGACAAUGCGGUAUUAGACACUCUCAAGGCAUAAAUGGAAGGAUAAAGACACCUUCCUACGUGGAUGGUGACAGUGAAUUUGGAGAAUACCCUUGGCAAGCGGCUAUAUUAAAGAAAGAUCCAAAAGAAUCUGUGUACGUUUGCGGAGGCACUCUUAUCGAUGGGCUGCAUAUCAUGACUGCCGCUCAUUGUGUUAAAUCUUACAAAGGAUUCGAACUACGAGUAAGAUUGGGUGAAUGGGACGUGAACCACGAUGUUGAAUUCUAUCCCUACAUAGAGCGAGACGUGGUUUCAGUACACGUGCACCCAUUAUACUACGCAGGUACUUUAGACAAUGACCUGGCAAUUCUUAAGCUGGAACACCCUGUUGACUGGACUAAAUAUCCCCACAUCAGCCCCGCUUGCCUACCGGACAAAUAUACUGAAUACGCAGGACAGAGGUGCUGGACGACCGGUUGGGGUAAAGACGCUUUUGGUGACUACGGAAAAUACCAGAACAUCUUAAAGGAAGUAGAUGUACCAAUCCUUGCGCACGGUCAAUGCCAACAACAAUUAAAACAGACACGUUUGGGCUACAACUAUGAAUUGAAUCCAGGUUUUAUAUGUGCUGGCGGCGAAGAAGGGAAAGAUGCGUGUAAGGGUGAUGGAGGUGGCCCCUUAGUGUGCGAACGCAGUGGAACUUGGCAAUUAGUAGGGGUUGUCUCAUGGGGUAUUGGUUGUGGACAAGCCGGGGUGCCCGGUGUUUACGUAAAAGUCGCCCACUAUCUCGACUGGAUCUCGCAAAUUACUGGAAAAUAUUCUAAUUUU